ACUCGCACUCUGCACUACAUUAAGAAAAGCCAAAACCAAAAGCAGCUAUCCGCUUUCCUUUUCAUGAUCUUCAAGUUCAAUUCAUCUACACUCUGUCACUCACACUUCCGACAAGUGUUCAUUCGCAGAGAUUAACGCGUGAAAUUAGUGAUCCACAAGCUGAGAGAGGGAGAGAGGGAGGGAGUGGAAUGCAGAGACGCAAGUGGAUUCCGUUGGUAUUGCUGAGAAAGUGGCUCACUGCAGCAAUAUGCUUAAUAACGUUCGUGGCUCUCUUCUCUGUUCAUGUUCACAUUGUCCCUUCCUCUAAGGAUCGCCGGUUCAACGACAAGUUCCCCAAGCCUCAGGAUCUGCAAAGCUGGACGCGAGAGCUUGCUCCGCCUCAUUUAUCCAAAGCUCCUCUUCCAACUCCCAAGUUGAAUGGAUCCAGAAAAGGGUAUUCAGAUUACGAGAAGUUGUGGAAGCCUCCAUCAAAUCGUGGGUUUCUGACCUGUACAAAGGCUACACCUAAUUACACCAGUCCUGCUGAGUCACGAGGAUAUCUUUUAGUUCAUACAAAUGGCGGGCUCAACCAAAUGCGCUCUGGGAUAUGUGACAUGGUAGCUGUAGCUCGUAUCAUAAAUGCUACUCUUGUCAUUCCAGAACUUGAUAAAAGAUCAUUUUGGCAAGAUACUAGCAAUUUUUCUGAUAUUUUUGAUGAGGAACAUUUUAUGAAUUCUCUAGCUAAUGAUGUAAAAAUCAUUAAGAAGCUUCCGAACAAGGUGGUUAAUGCAACCAGAGUGGUCAAGCAAUUCAUAAGCUGGUCAGGCAUGGAUUACUAUGAGAAUGAGAUUGCUAGCUUGUGGGAAGAUUACCAAGUAAUUCAAGCUUCAAAAUCUGAUUCACGAUUAGCGAACAACAAUCUACCUCCGGACAUUCAAAAGCUUCGCUGCCGAGCUUGUUAUGAAGCUCUUCGCUUCUCUCCUCACAUUGAACAAAUGGGAAAAUUGUUGGUGGAGAGGAUGAGGUCAUUUGGUCCUUAUAUUGCGUUGCAUUUACGCUAUGAGAAGGAUAUGCUUGCAUUUAGUGGGUGCACACAUGAUUUAUCUCCUGAUGAAGCUGAAGAGCUGAGGAUGAUCAGAGAGAACACUUCCUAUUGGAAAAUAAAGGACAUUGAUCCCAUAGAACAGAGGUCCAAAGGGCUUUGCCCCUUAACUCCAAAGGAAGUUGGGAUUUUUCUUACUGCUCUUGGAUACCCGUCAAAGACUCCAAUAUACAUAGCUGCUGGAGACAUAUAUGGGGGUGAGUCCCAUAUGGCUGAACUUUGUUCCCGUUAUCCAUUGUUGAUGAGCAAGGAAAAGUUGGCCUCCAUAGAAGAGCUUGAACCCUUUUUUAAUCAUGCAUCCCAAAUGGCUGCUCUUGACUAUAUUGUAUCUAUUGAAAGUGAUGUAUUUAUACCUUCUUAUUCCGGAAACAUGGCAAAGGCUGUUGAGGGUCAUCGCCGUUUUCUUAGACGUGGAAGAACAAUAUCUCCAGACAAGAAAGCCCUUGUUCGUCUGUUUGAUAAACUGGAUCAGGGAAUAAUGACUGAAGGGAAGAAACUAUCAAAUAGGAUUAUUGAUCUCCACAGAAGACGACUUGGCUCCCCCAGGAAGAGAAAAGGGCCAAUUUCUGGGACAAAGCACAUGGAAAGGUUUCGAUCAGAAGAAGCCUUUUAUGCUAAUCCCUUACCUAAUUGUUUAUGCCGGACAGAACCGCCACCUCUGAACAUAUCUUACAUUGUUAAAUAGAUCAAAUGCUGCACAACUUUCUCCUUGCAAAAUAUCCUUUGGUAAAAGGGUGGCACAUAUAUGUAGCCAUUUACCAAAGUUUGAGCAUAAAAUCUGAUGCGCAACUGGAAGGUGUGGGUACACUGGUGGCAGAGUGUAUAUACCGGUAUCACUGUUACACGUACCCUUUAAUUUGGGAACAAAAAAUAAAGAAAAUGAAAAAGGAAGGAAAAGAAAACCCAUAGUUGGGUUUUGAUAUAAGAAGUUAUAUAGAAUGGGAUGAGUAGUUCUUGGGUCUCGGGUAGGAAUGGAGAUUUGAGAUGACUGGAUUCAUUCUUUUGUGACCAUUAUUUAUUGAUAAAAAGAGAAGCAGAGCUUUCAGAGAUAGCCAGGCAUCUCAAUCACCCGUUAUUGUAUUUCUUGAAAUUCUACAUUGUAACACAUUUUGUUAUUGAAGAUAACGAAAUGCAAAAUCUUUUAUUUUUACUUCUUGCUUUAUUUAUUUCAAGGGGAGGGAAGUGAAAGUGUGGUUGAACUUUGUACUUUGGAGACAUGUAGAUUGAAACUUUAAUUUUAGG